UCUGGACUCAUCUCUCUGUCUCUCGCGUAGUUGUGAAGAAAAAGAAGAAGAAGAGAGGCGAUGGAGUCAGGAAAUGAGUUUCCCGGCAAUGAUUCCGGUGUAAAUUCCAUAAAAAUUCCUCCAAUCGUACAACAAACUAUAGAGUUCAUCCAAUCGGACGACCCAAAUUCAAAGAUUCAAGCUGCGAGAGAAAUCAGACGAUUCACGAAGACGUCUCUGAAGUUUCGUCGUCACUUUUCUGGCGCAAUUGAGCCACUCGUUGCCAUGCUUAGAUCUGACUCGCCGGACUGUUACGAAGCUGCUCUUCUCGCGAUCCUUAAUCUUGCCGUCAGGGAUGAAACGAAUAAGGUUGCAAUUGUGAAUGCUGGGGCCCUUCAACCUCUCAUCUGUUUUCUAAAAUCAAAUGAUUCCAAUUUGCGGGAGUAUGCCACUGCAGCUCUACUAACCCUCUCUGCUUCUGCCAUCAACAAGCCAAAAAUCAGUGCCUCUGGUGCCAUCCCUCUCCUUGUUGAAAUCCUCAGAGAUGCAAGUCCACAAGCGAAGGUAGAUGGAUUGAUGGCAUUAUACAAUCUCUCUACCCUCCCAGAGAACCUCAGCAUCAUUCUUGCAGCAAAAGCCAUCUCUCUGCUUGUUAACUUGCUUAAGAGUUGCAGGAAAUCUUCAAAAACAGCAGAGAAAUGUAGUGCGCUUUUAGAAUCCUUGUUAAGUUUUGAUGAGGGGAGAACUGCAUUGACAUCUGAAGAAGGUGGAGUGCUUGCAGUGGUUGAAGUACUAGAGAGUGGUUCACUACAAAGCCGAGAGCAUGCAGUUGGUGCACUUCUGACAAUGUGCGAGAGUGAUCGACAUAGGUAUAGAGAACCAAUUCUUAGGGAAGGUGUCAUUCCUGGUCUUCUUGAGCUCACAGUCCAGGGGACACCAAAGUCUCAGUCAAAAGCACAGACCCUGUUGGGGUUAUUGAGAGAUUCUCCCUACCGGAGGACUGAAUUUCAUGCCGACACGCUAGAGAACAUUGUCUACAAUAUUGUCUCUCAGAUUGAUGGUGAAGAUAGAGGUGGAAAAGCACAGAAGAUGCUAGCCGAGAUGGUGCAAGUUAGCAUGGAACAAAGCUUGAGACAUUUACAGAAGAGGGCAUUGGUGUGUACCCCAAAAGAUCGAUCUCUCUCAAACUGCACUGCCAAAGUUUCUUCAAAAUGAUUGCUUUGGUUGUCGGCAUUAUGCUUUCUCAGAGUGUGGGUCAUCAAAUUAUCCAUAGUGAAGAAAUAAGAUCGUGAAAAAGAAAGCCAGUCCAGGCUAUGAGGUCGGGUGACUGGUAAUUGUCAAUACUUAGAAGUGUAAGCAUGGUUGUUUUAUUGGUUUGUAGUAUAAGAAAUGUAUUCUUAAACUGUUUCCUGAGCAGUUAAAGGGUCUUUCUUUCCUUUUCUGGUU